AUGAACGGCAUCAGUUUCGCGGAGUUCGAGAGUUCCAGUUUCGACAACUUGUACAGCAAUGGGUUUGCAAAUGCCAAGCAUCUGGACGAGGUUGGGAAGCAACUCGCGAGGGGAAAGCCAGGUGACUGGGCUUCCAAAGCGCUGUCGGAAGCCACGGUGCCUCGGAUUCAACCUGUCCCUGCUCAAACCGAGCAGACACGCGUGGUUCGACCAGCGAAAGAGCCGGCAAGACAGAAUGGACUCUCACGUGCCCUAUCAGCUCAUCAGCAGCAGCAAGUGCCCCUGAAUGACAUGGGCGUUAUGCCCGGUAGCAGAGGGGUGGAUCCUGCCGCACAGGCAUGGCGACCAUCACAAGAAGCACAUGCACGUGCCCAGAAUGCCCCGACGGCAGCUGCAGUGGAGGCGCCACGCGUGGCACCGAACAGCAACCAGGGUGCCUUCGUUGGCUGGAAGUCAAACUGA